CCACGUCCACCACUAGUUGAGACCCGCCUGUCCGUCAGACACGUUAAGUUCGGGCCCAAGUCAUUCCUCCUACUUUAGACUACGCGAACAUUUACCUUUAUCGUUAAUUUUAUUUUUUAUUUUGUAACCGUCUCGAAUUUCCUCAAGUUCCUCCAAGUUCUUAAAGCCACACCGACUAGCCGACCUAAAAAAAUGGAUUUACUUUGCACCGAACGUUCGGGUGAGUGUGCUGCGUAUCCCGAUCCGCGACUCCUGGGGGACCCGAGGGUGCUCCAGAACCUACUCAAGACUGAAGAGACGUACACGUCGAAUAGUUCCUAUUUCCAAUGCGUUCAGAAAGAGAUCACACCGCAGAUGAGGAAGAUCGUCGCCGAAUGGAUGCUCGAGGUCUGCGAGCAGCAGAGGUGCCAGGAGGGUGUUUUCCCCUUGGCGAUGAAUUACAUGGACAGGUUUCUGUCCCAAUCGCCCCUGUCGAAAAGUCUUCUUCAGACCGUAGGAGCCGUCUGCCUCCUUUUAGCUAGUAAACUCCGCGAACCACGUCCUUUAACGGCGAAAAUCCUCGUCUACUUCACCGACUUCAGCACCAGGCUCGAUCAGUUUUCGCCGUGGGAGCUGGUCAUCGCCGACAGAUUGAAAUGGGACCUAGCAGCAGUUACCGCACAGGACUUCAUUGCUCACAUCCUCUACAGGAUUCCACUCGACAGGACGACUGAAGAGAUGACAAGGAGGCACGCCAGUACCUUUAUUAGCCUAGCAGCUUGCGAUUUUAAAUUUAGUAUGUACACGCCGAGCAUAAUCGCCGGUGCUAGCAUCGCGGCGGCUCUGAACGGCCUCCAUUGGAAUGCGAGGGGUGGUUGGACCUUAAACCAACUCAUGGACACCCUCACCGUGAUGCUCUCCGUCGAAAAGGAGUACUUGUGCUCAUGCCUUGCACAGUUGGAAGAAAUGCUGACUGACACAUUGACUGAAGCCGCUGCACAUAUGCAAAAAGCUGAAUUGACCAAAGCCGGAACUCCUACUGAUGUUCAAGAUAUAGAUUUCUAGCUCUCGGCAAAACGGACCAACGAGGCAACCACCAGCAAGGGCGAUGGUGGCACCGUUUCCAAGCCUAACGCACAACGACGAAUCUGACAAAAAUGAGAAACCCAUUUGAAUUUUGCAGGCGGGUUCCAAACCCGAUUUUUUUUUUUUUUUUUUCGAGUUCCUUUUAAAUCGAUUUAGUUUGGUAGGUUUUGGAAUGAUGCUACUUCCUUUUCCCUGGAAUCCCCAUUUGUUGUGAUAAUUUUCUUUUUCUGUUGAGUAUUUUUUUACCUUUCGAAUAACCCGCAUUACAGUAAUUCAGUAUAAUAAUAAUUUUUUAAAAAAUUGGGGAAGGCAAUAAUAUACGCUUGAUUUCCCGUUGUAGAGUUUAAGUCACGCGAACAAAAACUUUUUGUAGAUAUGUAUCUUUGAUUAUAACAAAAAAAA